AUGGAAGAAUCCAAACCGGCCACCUCCUCCUCCUCCUCCGCAACACACGGUUUCAUAUCCGUGAUCGGGCGGCGGCGCACAAUGGAGGACGCGGUCAUGGUGGUUCCCGGUUUGGUGGCGGCGGGUAAGUGGUGUGGCGGUUAUGAUUUCUUCGCGGUUUACGACGGGCACGGCGGAACGCUGGUGGCCAACGCUUGCCGCGACAGGCUGCACCUGCUGUUGGCGGACGAGUUGAGGGAGAGCGCGGAGAAGGGAUUGGAUUGGUGCGAGGUGAUGUGUUCGUGCUUCAUGAAGAUGGACAAGGAGAUCGGAGUUGGUGGUGAGGGCGAUGAGGCGCACGACGACGGUGGCGGGAACACGAUGGGUUCGACCGCGGCGGUGGUGGUGGUUGGCAAGGAGGAGAUUGUGGUGGCGAAUUGUGGAGACUCGAGGGCGGUGUUGUGCCGUGGCGGUGUAGCUGUUCCACUUUCACGUGAUCACAAGCCUGAUCGUCCAGAUGAAAGAGAGAGGAUAGAAGCCGCUGGUGGGAGAGUGAUUAAUUGGAACGGAAGUCGUGUGUUGGGAGUACUUGCUACUUCCAGAUCCAUUGGGAAGAUUUCACACGAUGCAGGGGAUCACUGCAUGAAACCUUUUGUGAUAUCUCAACCAGAGACCCAAGUGUACGCACGAACAGAGUCAGAUGAGUUUGUGGUGGUGGCGAGUGACGGGUUAUGGGAUGUGGUGUCUAACAAGUUUGUUUGUGAGGUGGUACGAGGUUGCCUCCAUGGCCAUAUGAAGAGGAAUUUAAAAGAGGACACGAUUAUAAGCUACGCAACAGAAGCUGCAUCCAUGUUAGCAGAGUUGGCCAUGGCUCGUGGAAGCAAAGACAACAUCAGUGUUAUAGUCAUCCAACUCAACACCACCUCUGCUUGA